CACAACAAAGACUGCCACAUUAGGGAUGUUGCGGCGUCCCAAGCCAACUGACUCUGAGGCAGACCUCCUCAGAGAACAGGAGAAGUUUCUGGCCUCUCGCUCCCAGUCUACUGCCAAUGUGGUCCGCCGACCUGACAAGAGGAGAGGUGAGGCUGGAGGAGAAGGAGAAGGAGAAGGAGGAGAGCAUAACGAGAAGAGUGAUGAAGGGAGACAGAGGGAUGUUGUCACCAUAGAAGAUCUUCCAGACCAAAUGCCUUCUCUGACGCCAGGCCCUCCUAAGAAGUCUCGCUUUAAAGCCAGUCAUGUCACUUUCGAGGCUGAGGAUGCGGGGGAGAGGUUGGACCAACAUGACACUCACGUCAGUGCUGUUCUCUCCAGGAUCGUUGAGAGAGAUACCAGCUCGGCUCCAAUAUCUCUACCAGCGCUGACAGGCAUGGCUUUCCCCAAAGUAUUUCACCGCUCUGAAACCAGCUGUGAGGUGCCACUGUCUUCAGCUGGGGGAAAGAAAAGUAUCUUUGCACGUCAGAUUGCAGCGCAGAGACUUAAGGAGGGAAAGACGCCUUUACAUUGUGCACCUGAAGCUACUCGGACACCUGAACACAGACAGCAGAACCUGCUGCCUGAGACCAGCAUGGAUACAGAUCAGUGUGCUGCUGCAGAUACUGCACUCUCAGGUCCCAGCCUGCUCUCUGGUCAUGGGCUCGAGGUCCGGGAUAGCUCAGGAGAGACGAUGAGGAUCCACAGUGAGAACCAGGCGAAGCUCCAGGCCAUGUCUCGGUCUGAGAUCCUGCAAGAGCAGAAGAGACUUUUAUCUCAGCUCGAUCCUACACUGGUGGACUUUGUUAGAUCUCGCAAAGCCCAGAGUGUCCCGUCCUCGGCUUCCGCAGCCAAAAAACAACCCCGGGCCAAAAGCAGCGAGGACAAUUUUUCUCUUGAAAAUGUGAGCAGAGAGUCAGAAUCCUCCAGGGUCGCUGCUCUGUUUCAGAAACCCCAUGAAGUAGAAAUGGAAGGAGAGGAACCACCAGCACCACCUGCUAUGAUGGUGGAAGAUCUGCUGCUGAAGCCUCAGAAGGAAUGGGUCCACAUGGAUAAGCUGGAGCCAGAGAAGCUGGAGUGGAUGAGAGACUUGCCAGCACCCAGAAGGAAAGGAACCAAGGAGGCCAUGCAGGCUCGCUUUGACUUUGCGGGGACUUUGAUUCCAUCCACUGAGGAUUUGCCAACUCAUUUAGGCCUGCACCACCACGGAGAGGAGCCUGAUCGGGCCGGUUACUCCCUGCAGGAACUCUUCCUGCUGUCUCGGAGUCAGCUCAUCCAGCAGAGGUGUCUGGCCCUCAGCACUCUGGCCAACAUCCUUUCAAAGGCACGUGCCGGGGAGUACCUGUCUUUUCUGAAAGGCAGCGUGGUGUCCACUCUGCUCGACGCCGGCCUGCUCUUCCUGCUUCGCUUUGCAUUGGACGACGGUGUGGAGGGAGUGAUGUCUGCAGCUGUGCAUGCACUUAAGGCGCUCCUCGUGUGUGCAGAGGAUGAAGAGUGUUUGGACUGCACUUUCUCCUGGUUUCGCGGCCUGGCCUCUUUUCCUCUGCUGCCCACUGCUCAGGAGGAGGAAGAAGAGGAGGAUGCAGGGCUUCCCGAAAAUAUGAAGUUUACGGCUAAAGAGAAGGAAGAGAGGAAGAGCGAUCAUGAUGUUGCCAGGCAGGAUGUUGUCAAGGGUCUGCUAAAGAUGAAACUGCUCCCAAGGCUGCGUUACAUCCUUGAGGUGGUCCGACCUUCUCCUCCAGCGGUCCAGAACGUCCUGCAGAUCCUGACUCGAAUCGCCAGGCACUCCUCCUCAUCUGCCACCCAGGUGCUUGACUGUCCUCGCUUGAUGGAGACGGUGUUGUCAGAGUUCCUUCCCACUUCCUGGACAACGCCAUCUUCGCCCCUUCCUCAUUCUGUUUACGGACUCCCACUGGCCAGCGCCAUGAAGCUGUUGAGAGUGUUGGCUACCUCUGGCAGACAUGCCUGUGCCAGGCUGUUAAACUAUCUUGGAGUGAGGGAGCGUCUGCCUUGUCUGCUGAGUGCUGAGCCCAGUGAGCUGCUGCUGGAACCGGCCGCGGCCCUCAGAGUCACCACUGAGGCCUUCAGGCUGUGGGCUGUUGCAGCCGGCUAUGGCCAGGCCUGCAAAUUAUACAUAGACCUGUAUCCAGGCUUAGCGAAGGCGUUGCAGUCAUUUCACAGAGACCUGGCUGCCUCCGAUCCUCUGUUGCCUCUUCAGCUCCAGCGGGUCCUGGCUCUGCUUUCUCUGCUCACACAGGUCACACACACUGCCGGCUGCCACCAAGAGCUACAGGCUGGCAUGGUCAGCUCUCAGGGAGAAGAGUGCCCUCCUCCACCUCCAGUGUCCUGGGGUCAUGUCACAGGGCUGCAGCCAUCCUUGUUGGGACAUUUGAAGGGUUUUGUGAAGAGCCUUGAUAACCCAGUGCAGAAGGAGUGCAGCCUGGCUGUGAUACCAGCUUACCUGACCUACCUAGAAGCUUACUACCAUCAGCUCUCCAGACAGAACUGUUUCAAGCCAGUAGAGACGCUUCUGGAACUGGAGCGGCUGACGUCUGAGGUUCUCCUCCCCCUGCUGUCCCACCCUGCUGUCCAAGGCCUGAUGAAGAACCUAAAGUCUUCCUCAGUAGUGUGUAAUGUCCAGUUCAGUCAUCUGGGCCAAGAGACGACGCCCAGCCUCCCCGGUUUGGCCUGCCCAGGAUGGAGGAACCACCCGGGGCUGGUUGUUCCCACCUCCCCCUUCUCUCUGCUCACAGGCCUGGGGCUCCUCCUGGAAACCAUCACCGGCAUCCACAAAGGCCUCAGCUGCAAGUUUGCGGGUCUCCUCCUGUCAGAACCUGUGGUUGGUUACCUGCGAAGUUGCAGUCAGGCUACGCCGACCCUGUCUCACACCAGAGCCUGGCUCCUCCGUCAUGAGCACCACCUCCUCUACCUGCUGCUCCGGCUGGCACACAGACUGGUUCCCAUUGAGCCAGAAGUAGCCAAGCACGCCUCACUGUACCACCAGGUGGCGCUGGUUCUGCUGCCAUGGUUGUUACCAGGCAGUGAAUAUCUGGGACAUGAACUGCUGUCUAGCAUCAUGUUCAGCAAGGACUUUAUAUCGGAGGGCCACAGCGGAGGACCUGAAGCUGUAGAGCUGGGAGAGCUGAAACUCCAAGAGGAAACUCAACACAGCACCUCUCUGCAGACUGUCGGAGCUCUGCUGAGAGAAGCCUGCGUCCAGCUGCCAUCCAUACGAGGCUGCUACCUCACUCAACUGGCCCACCUGGAGUCGUCCGUGCUGACGUCCCGAGACGCUCUCCUCGGCCACAACCCCUGGAUCAGCUCCCAUCUCCUCCCAGAGCUCACUGGUCCCACCAUGCCAUCCGAUUGGCCUUUCAUCCCGCUCGUCAGCCUGUAUGAGCGGACAGGGGUGUCGGGCGGUGGGGGGUUAACAGUGGAAGAACUCCCGCAGGGGGCUCUGCAGGUGGUGACACACUGUCUGCAGUGGCUGCUGCUGCUGGAGGUCUGGAGGGAGGAAGCACUAAAGGUGAUCCUUCCUGUCGCCAAGCUCGCCCGCCUGUCCUGUGUGUUCCUGUGUUCCAGUGACUUGUUCCUGGAGAGACCUGUCCAGAAACUGACCUGGGGUCUGUUCAGACUGCUGACCAGGAGAUCCAGGCUGGACUCUUUGGACCUGAACGUCCCUCCUCCGGGUCUAGCCUCCUUCCAGGACUUGUACACUGCUCUUCUGACCCAGUAUGAAGCUGUGUCCUUUGGAGACCGGCUCUUUGGCUGCUGGGUCCUGUUACCCCUGCAGAGGAGGUACAGCGUCACCAUGAGGCUGGCUGUGUUUGGUGAACACGUGGGAAUGCUGAGGUCACUGGGAGUCACUCUGGAACAGCUCUCCAUCCCCAUCGAGCGGUUCACUUCCCCCCCCGAAGACUCCCUCCCUCUCCUCAGUCUCUACUUCCGCUCUUUGGUCACGGGGACCCUGAAGCACCGCUGGUGUCCCGUCUUAUACGUGGUUACCUUGUCUCACGUCAACUCCUUCAUAUUCUCUCAGGACGCUGCAGCACAGAAGGUUGAAGCGGCUCGACACAGCAUGCUGAGGAAAAUCUACUACCUGACUGAUGAGGUGUUGAGGAACCACUUGCUGCUCUUCCGUCUGCCACAACAGAAGUCAGAGUUUGGCUUCGAUAUGUUCGAGAAGUUGCCUCCCAUUAGGGCGAAACGUUUGGAGAGCAUCCUGAGACUGCAGGACCGCAGCGAUGACAAAGGAGACGGAAGGCGGCAUGGAGUGGAGAGAGAAGAGAAGUAGUGAGACUAAAACAGAUCCAGAGGAGGGACAGGAUGGUACUGAGAGAGAAUCGAAGGAGAAACUAGAGCACGAGUAGAAGAUGCUGAGAAAGAAAGGAGACAAAGUGAGACAUUUAUUUCAACAACUGAAUGAUUCUCAUCGAGAGCCAAUAUGUCCACAGGAACAUUUUCUGUGGCCUCUUUUCUUAAUGGAAACCCAACCUGAGGUAGACUUGGCCAGUGUUAAGCACUUAUUUGAACCUGCUUCGAGCAUAACAAAGGUAAAGUUUCCAAUCUGAGAAUAUAUUUUUACCAACAAUCUGUGGAAAUGAUUGUUUAAUAUCAUUUUUGGUUUUCUGAUGUUACUUGAACCCAUCUUAACUAAACUGAACGUCAGCGAGGCACAGGUUUUCACCUUUUCCUCUAACACCUUUCCUCUAAGCUAAUGGGAGGGAUUAAAUAUUGAGAAAUCGGCACUUUCCAGGUGUCUAAUGAGCUUUGAAAAACAGACCAGGGCAAUUCCUGGCAUCUCAGAGUAAAGACAGAUGUGUUUACAAGUGCCUGAAAUUGUCCAAUAAAACAUGAUUUCAA